AUGGUGAGCGCGGAGCGACAGUGCAGGUUUCGCAUUCAGAUCGACUGGUCUGCUGGGGACGACGAGGAGCAGGUGGCGUUACGGUUACAAUCGCUCGUGAUGGUAACCCUACCUCCCCCCCAUGACCACGUGGUAGUAGGCUUGCACGUGGAGCCACGUGGCGAGGAGAAUCAGGACAGCAAGGCAGCAUCAGCACCUGAAACACCACCAGAGGAACCAUCAGAAGAAUCGCUAAAACCAGGAGACGAACGGUUGAGAUUGCAGGAUCCUGGGAAGUGGACGGUCAGGAUGAACUUGAGAGUACACAAGCAGAGGGAGCCGCUGCACGUGCUGCGACUGACGCGAGUAGCAGCCAGCAGCAGCUCGUCCUAUUCAGGCAGCGACGGGCUGUCCAUGCUGGCGAAACUGCUAGACGCCAAGGGCGUGGCCCUUCACCGGGCUGACGUGGCUGCUGCUGCUGCCAGCGCGAUUCCCACAGGGACUUCAGGUGGAAUCUCAGGUGGAAUUUCAGGUGCAGCAGGGGGCACUGUUGGUUCAGGUGGUAGUCCUGGUUCGGGCAGGAGUGCAGGGAGUGGUGGGGGGCUGGUGAAGUCAGGGUCGGGAGAUGGAAGCGAGAAAGGAGGCACGGCAGCAGGGGGGAAGCUGCAGCAGCAACAGCAGCAGUCUCAGGCAGUAUCUGCUUCUUCAGAGCAACAGCAGAAGCAGCAGCAGCAGCAGGUGCUAUCAACAGCAGCAGCGGAGAGCAUGUUGGGUUACUCCGACCACUGGCGCUCGUUAAAGGCCCUCUCCCUCUCCUCCUGCUCCCUCUCUGUCCUCCCCAACUUCACCAUGAACCUGCCCCUGCUGGAGGUACUGGAGGUGGAGAACAACCGCCUAAGUGCGCUGCCGGGGGAGAUCGGACAGCUGCAGCAGCUGAGGGUGCUGCGCGCUGACAACAACCUGCUCACCACUGUGCCCAUCACGCUGCGCGAGUGCACCAACCUGAGAGAGCUUUCCCUCGAGAACAACCGCCUCGUGCGUCCGCUCCUGGAUUUCAGGUGCCUGGCGGACCUGAGGGUGCUGCGGCUCUUCAACAACCCCCUUGAGUUCUUCCCGGAGAUCCUGCCCUGCCGCCACCUGCGCCUGCUCUCCCUGGCCAACGUGCGCAUCGUCAGCGAUCCCGACCUUAAGACGGUGGAUGUCAGCAUCGUGCAACUGGAGGCUCAGCAAGGCUCUUACUUCUCGGCGUCCAAGCACUGCCUGAGCGAUUUCUUUGCGCUCAUCUUCCGCUACUCCUCCGUGCACCACCCGCUGCUGGCGUCCGCCCUGGCGCGCAUCUGUGAGGACCGCGAGAACCGCACGGCCAUUGGCAAGGAUGAGAGCGCGAUCAGACAGAUCGUGAGCAUGCUGCUGGCUGACUCCAAGCACGUGGUGGAGCAAGCAUGCCAUGCCCUCUCCUCGCUCGCAAUGGACGACGCUUUAGUCACCCACCUGGUGAAAUCCGACGUGCUGGCAGCCAUCUGCUCGCUGCUGCUCUCCCAGCAGCCCGAGAUCCUCGUGUCCGUGCUGCGCGUCGUUUCCAACCUCGCCCUCGCCUCUGACUCCGUUGCUGCGCGAAUUUUGAACGUCGAUUCUGCUGCCAUUCUCACCAGCCUCUGCCACCACACACACAUGAUGGUAUGUCGACUCCGCGGCUAUUCUCACCAGCCUGUGCCACCACACACACAUGAUGGUACGUGCGUGGGGGAAGAGGGGAAGGAAGAGGGGGGAGAAAGGGGUACUAUCCUCAUGUCGGUGCUGCGCGUCAUUGCCAACCUCGCCCUCGCCUCUGACUCCGUUGCUGCUCGCAUCUCAAUGUCGACUCAGCGGCUAUCCUUACCAGUGCAAACUCAAGCCCUAAUGGCGGUGGGUAACUUGUCAUUCUGCCCGGACAAUCGCCGCCUGCUGGUGGCUCAACCCGGCUUCCUGGACGGGCUCUAUCACCUUGCCACCGGGGGAGGGGGCCUGGCCGGAGGGGGCUGCAUCGUUUUCCGCUCUAACCUCCCUCCCUCGUUCGUCGCCCAUCUCUCCCACCUCUCUUUCCCCACCGUUGCCUCACCCCUCUUCCCAGGCGGGGAAGGGGGAGGGGGAGUGGGAGGUGAUGUGGGGGAAGGGGGUUUGGGGGCGGAAGGGGGGGGAAUGAGGGGAGGCGGAGGGGGUGUGGGAAGGUAUCAGCACAGGGCGUUAGUGGUGGAGGUUCCAACUGUCUUCUCGUUUCGCAAGGCUGCAGCACGGGUGCUUGCCAUUCUGGGUAAGCUGGCUUGCUAUUCUGGGGGAGAACCGGCUGGUGCAGGAGGCACUCUGCUUGAGGGCGGUGGGGCAGAGGGGCGUGCGCGUGAUGGUGAUGGACGGAAGAGGCAUGCAGGGCAUGGCCAUGGUGAAAAUCGACUGGUGCAGGAGGCGCUAUGCACGAGGGCAGUGGGGCAGAGGGGCGUGCGAGUGCUGGUGAUGGACGGGGGGGGCAUGCGGGGCAUGGCCAUGGUGCAGAUGCUGCGGCAGAUCGAGGGGCGCACAGGCAGGCGCGUGCAUGAGCUGUUCGACCUGGUGUGUGGCACGUCCACCGGGGGCAUGCUGGCAGCAGAGCUGGGGAUAAAACGUCUGACCCUGGACCAAUGCGACGACGUGUACAGGCGCCUGGGCAAGCUGGUGUUUUCGAACGUGGAGGCGAUGGAAUCGGCAUCGUGGCGGGACAAGCUAGACCAGCUGUACAAAAGCUCCUCACAGAACUACCGUGUGGUGGUGCACGGCAGCAAGCACAAUGCGGAGCAGUUUGAGCAGCUGUUGCAGGAGAUGUGCACUGAUGACGACGGGGAUCUGCUCAUAGACUCGGCAGUCAAGGGCGGGCCCAAGGUCUUUGUCGUGUCCACCCUCGUUAGUGUCACCCCUGCCACGCCCUUCGUCUUCCGAAACUACCAGUACCCCCCAGGAACCAGGGAGACCCCCCACCCCCCAUCCGACGGUUCCCCCAUGCCCACGCCGCCCCCCCGCAUGCGCACGUCGGGCCUAUCCGCGCUGCUAGGCACGUGCAAGAUGCAGCUCUGGCAGGCCAUCCGAGCCUCCUCCGCAGCUCCGUACUAUUUCGACGAUUUCGCUGUUGGCCCCCACCGCUGGCAAGACGGGGCUAUUUUCGCAAAUAACCCCACUAUUGUGGCCGUUAGAGAGGCCCGGCUGCUCUGGCCGGACCUGCCAUUGGACUGCGUGGUCAGCCUCGGGUGCGGCUCGGCGCCGCCGAAGCUGCGCGGGAGGCCCGGGUGGAGGGUGGCGGAUACGGGGCAGGUGCUGGCCGAGGCUGCAACGUCAGUGGAGCAGGCGGAUCUGGCGUUUGAGUCGGUCGUGCCCAUGCUGCCUGAUGUCAAAUACUACCGCUUCAACCCAGUGGACGAGCGGUGUGGCAUGGAUCUGGACGAAACAGACCCAGCGGAGUGGGAGAAGCUUGAAACAGCCACGGACGAGUAUUUGACCGCAGUCAACCGCGACAUGGCAGAGCUUUGCAAGUACCUUCGGCUCUCCGUUGCUCAGGAGGAAGCUGAUAAGGCCGCCGUUGCAGCACUGUUAGGUGGAGGAGCAGCAGCAGCGGCAGCAGCGGCGGGUGGGUAUAGGAGUCGUCCUGGCAGUCGGCCGGGAAGCGUGCCUGGCAGCCCCUGUCCCGGCACCCCUAGAGGCUACUCUAGCCCUGCACCACCACCUGGUUACCCCCGAGGAGCAGCAGCAGCAGCAGGAAAAGCUGGGACUGUUUACCCCCCCAUUGUGCUCCCAGCGUCACCUAGGUCACCCAAGUCGUCUGCCCCCGCCUCGCCCCUGGCCAAGGUGAUUGGGACCCCGGGGGAGCAGAGGAGGGGAGGCAGUGGCAGCUCGCUGCACGCGAUCAAUCCGUACCGUCGGCACGUGCUGCUCGUGGACUCCAUCCGGCCGUCCGUUGCCCGCCGGCCCUGGCAGCACUCUGCUCGGCUCUGCUGCUCUGCCCUCGGCGGCGGCGGCGGGUAUGGCAGCAGCAGCAGUAGCACUGUUUCUACCCAUGCAGCAGCUGCAGCGAGGCUAGCAGGGAUUAUCAGCAGCAUCAGCACGGAGGGUGGCAGCACUGGCAGUCUGCUAUCCCACCUGCGCUGCCCCCCUAAGGUAGACGAACACAUUUGUGAACCCUGCGACGCUCCUUCUGGUGGCGCUUCUGCUGCUGCUGCUGCUGCUGCUGCUGCUGCUGCUGCUGCUGCUGCUGCUGCUGCUGCUGCUGCUGCUGCUGCUGCUGCGUCCACUGGGCUUUAUUUCUCCACCUCCCUCCAGUCGCCGUUCAGCUCCCGACCCUCCAGCGUGCCUGGCAGCCCCCGAACCGCAGGGUCAGCUUCGGCCAUGGCUGCCGCUGCAGCUGCAGCGGCCGGGGCAUCUGCUAGUGGCAGUGCCAGUCCCCAUUUAGUGCCUGCUACAGGAGUGGCAGCACCGACAGCAGCAGGGGUAGGUUCAGCCGGUGCUGCUGGUGUUGCUGGGAUGAGGCGGUCCGGUAGCAGCACGGCCAUAGCUGCAGGUCUGGGAAUAGGCUCGGGUGGAACAGGUGGAGGUUCGGGAGGAACAGUGGGAAGUGGAGGCAGAAGCGGAGUGGAUCAAAGGGGAGGAGGGACUUGUGGUUCCCCGGUGUUUCGAGACUCCGAUGGGGAAGAGGAGGGGCGGGGAGGCAUGAGCACCAGACAAGAAGGCGCGGGAGCGGUCACACGGGGUUACACACCAGCAUCAGCAUCAGGUGCUGCAGGGACAACUGUAUCAGCAACAGCAGGGAGAGCAGCGGCGGCGGCGGCGGCAGCAGCAGCGACGCUGCCGAGUGUGGGCGCGCGGCUGAAGCCGGUGUGGACAGAGGGCGGGUCCAGGAGGGCAGUGGCGCUGUCUCUCUCCCCCCCGGCAGCAGCACUCAUGCAACGCCUGCAGCAGGCUGCUGGUGUGGGACUCGUGCACCUGGCGCUGCCCUGCGAUCAGGCCGGCUUCAUCCUCACCUGGUCAUCUGAGGUCAUGUCAGUGGCGAAACCCAGUGACUCCGCCACGCACCUGCUCUUUCGCUCUGUCCCUCACGCCUCUCCUUUUUCGCCUUACCCCUCUCGUCUCUUCCAUCCCUCCCUCCCCUUCAGUUGGUCAUCUGAAGUCAUGUCAGUGGCAGAGCCUAGUGACUCCGCCACUCACCUGCUCGCCCGGGCCAUUGACAGCAUCGGCUGGUGGAACCCCGCUCGCCGCCACGCUGCUGCCCUCGCCCACUCUCUUGCCGCUUCUGCUGGUGCUGGUGGUGGUGGUGGUGCUGCUGCUGCUGCUGCUGCUGGUGUUGGUGCUGCUGGUGCUGCCAAAGCUCCAAUGUCUGGUUCGGGUGGUCUUGCUUCGGCGCCUGGUUCGGCCUCAGCUUCGGCGGUUGAUCUGGCUGGGCUUGCUGCCACUCACCAAGGAGCCAGUUCCCCUGGGCUUGGCUCGGUGAACGCAGCAGGUUCGGCAAGCGGAAGAAAUGUAGCAGGUUCGGGAUCAGCAGGCCCGGUAGGCGUGAGUGCUUCGAAUAGUGGUGGUGGCAGUGCAAGGGGCAUUAGUGGAACCCCAACCUCUUCUGCUGCUGCUGUCACUGCUGCUGCCGCUGCUGCUGUUGCUGCCAGCCCUGCUGGUGGCUCUGCUGCUGCUGCUGCUACUGGUGCUGGUGGUGGUGUGAGAGGUGUGGGUCCGCCUGGUGCUGCUGGGGGAGCGGGUGGAGGAGCAGGGGGAGGGAGAGGGGGCAGGAGAGCGGGGGAGAAGGCACCGGCAAGCCUGUGGGAGUUGGUGCAUGUGGCGAGCUGCUUUGUGGUGGAUGGGGUGCUGCAUCGCUUCAUGGGCUGCCACACUCAGAUCCUGCCGGGCGGCAUGGAGGUGAGCACGUAUCUCUUCAGCUGCACGGCUCCUGCGGUUCACCUCACAGAAGCUGACAUUCGCUGGAUGCUGGGGUGGGUCAUGCUGGUUGGUGAGUUGGUUGGAGUUGGGGUGAUUGUUGGAGGGAUUGGUGGUUGGACGGUUGGUUUGAAGGUUGGAGGGUUGGAUUUUGGAUGGCAGAUGGUGGCUCCUGCCAUCCACCUCACUGAAGCUGGCAUCCACUGGAUGGUGAGCUGGUUGGAGUGGGGUAUGUUGGAUGGUGGGUGGUGGGCGGUGGGUGGUGGGUGGUGCAUGGUGGGUGGUGGAUGGUGGGUGGUGCAUGGUGGGUGGUGCAUGGUGGGUGGUGCAUGGUGGGCGGUGCAUGGUGGGCGGUGCAUGGUGGGUGGUGCAUGGUGGGUGCUGCAUGGUGGGUGCUGCAUGGUGGGUGGUGCAUGGUGGGCGGUGCAUGGUGGGUGGUGGUGCAUGGUGGGUGGUGGAUGGUGGGUGGUGCAUGGUGGGUGGUGGGUGGUGCAUGGUGGGUGGUGCAUGGUGGGUGGUGGGUGGUGCAUGGUGGGUGCUGCAUGGUGGGUGGUGCAUGGUGGGCGGUGCAUGGUGGAUGGUGCAUGGGAUCGCAUAAUAGUGUGCACGGGCCAACAGAGCCCCCCCACUGCUCUCAUAAACGCCUUUCUGGACACCGGAGCCAAGGCGGUCAUUGCUCCUCCCCCUGCCAGCCCCUCUUCAUUGGCCGGUCACUACGCAUCAAAUCCUGUGGCGGCUGCAGCAGCAAGUGGCAUGUCUCCUCGCAUCGACUUGGCGUAUCAAGGAGCGAUAGGUUCGGAUUUGGCGGCGGCAGCAGCGGGUGGGGAUUCGGUUAGGUUGGGGAAGAGGGAGGCCUGGUUGGAGGACGUGGAGGCUUGGAUUGGUCGGGAGGAUCGGGUGUUUGGUUUGGCGGUGGAAAAGGAGCAAGCAAGCGCUAAGGUGGAGGAAGAGAGGCUGGGGUUGUUUUUGAGGGAUCUGUACAGUGGGUUGUUUGAUGAUGGAUUUUCGGCUCCUGUAGCUUUGGAGGAGACUCUGAAGGCACAUCCGGGGAUGAAAUUUUCAUGCCAUGUCAAGAAAAGGUAA